AUGUAUGAGUCUGUCCUCAAGGAAGAGAAAUUGUUCCCCAAAUAUCCAUCAACAAACCAACAUACGCGUGUGCGUGUAUUAUGUUUAUGUAUUUGUGUAUGUGUAUGUGUACGUACGUAUAUGUCGGUAUGCAUGUAUCUGCAUGUACUCGUCUGCAUGUAUGUGUCUGCACGAGUUGACAAUGGCACAACGGGAUAUCCCGGUGAGCUGAUUCCCAGUACUAAUUUACGCCCACAACUUGUACAAUCACGCGAGAUAGAAGAGGACAGCAAAAAACAAAUGAGAAUGAUGGAAGCUCUGGUGCUAUUUGUUGCCCCAGAACAAUAG